AUGUACAUAAUUCCUGAUAUCAUCGAUUUGGUGAGCAGUGAUGACGAGAAGACUGAAAGCGUGAUUUUUGAUGGCCGUGUAGAUCCGGACUCUGUUGUCACUUUUGAUAAUUGUGAUGAGAUUCGAGACUACAUGGAGGAUAUUGUUCGUGACCGAGCCAAAACUAACGGCACUGUGUACGAGCUGGCUGGUGAUGGUGACAACAAGUGUCUUGUCAAAUUAUGUGGCAACAAGGCACAUCCGCUUCCAACUGCGCGAGGAUUUUGCAGGUUCCAUUCUUCUGUUGGCCAUCUCUGCAUCGGUCUGGUAAAUGGAAGAAUGUGUUCGACUGAAGGCUGCAACAACAAGUCCAGAAUAUUUGAAGAUUUCUGUUCGGGCUGCUAUUCUCUUCAACCUGAUGCAAGAACAAAGAAAAAGCGCGAUCAAGCAAGGCAAUGGACGACGGAGAGAGUGAUCGAUGAGGCCAACAAUAUUGCGGUCAAGUACGGUGACAUGGUGAAGCGAGAUCCAAGCUUGUCUGUGUAUUUUGGGAUAACUGUGAGACACCCUAGCAUUCGCCUUCGAGAACAUUUGAAGAGCGGCAAGGACUUUAAUGCAGCUACACUCGAGAUCUCAGUUCCUGAUGCUCAUUCAUUAGCUGAAUUAGAGUUUGAAGUAGUUGCACGUUUUGCUGAAUUGGUUGGUGGACGUCAUUUAAGGAACAGGACUGCCGGUGGUGACUAUUGGUUGCCAAACAUGGAUCGUGCAGGCGUGUUGUACGUCCUCUUAUUUAAUAAUCACGUAACUCCUCAUACUGCAACACCUCCCAUUGAUUUCCGAAGCCGUAGAGGAUACCGUCACAGAGCUUUCCCAAUUAUCACCAAGCAUCGCCACAUUGAGCUACCACGGUUUAACAAAAUCGUUGGAAUUGCUGACAUCUUGAGGAAAAUGGGAUAUGACACAAACCACAAUUUAAAACAGGCUCCAAAACAUCGUGAAGUGGGACAUAAAUGUGAACAAUGCGAUCACGUGGCAACUUCGAUGUUGGCUUUGGAGACUCACUUAAAAGUCCAUCGCAACAAAGGCAAGCAUAUAUGUAGACAUUGUGGCCAUCCAUCAACUCGACUUGAGCAUUUCCGUCUUCAUUUAAAGACGAUCCAUGACGAAAUUCUGCCACUUGCCAAACGACGCAAAGAGGAAUAUGCUUGA